AUGCACUUCUCCCUCAAGCGCGGCCUCGACGGCGGCGGCGGCGGCGGCCAUGACAUUCGAGGCUACGAGCUGCCGCCGUGGACUGUGCUCCUCGUCCUCGCCAACCUUUUGCUCCUCGUCCCGCUGAUGCUGAUUUUCGAGUACACCCUCAAGCUCAUCUACCCCGUCUUCGCCAUGAUCGAGGACGAAAACCCCCCCGCCUACGAGCCCCUCUCCCUCAGCGACCCGUCCGCCGGUGCCGCCGAGCGAGGCCCCGUCACCCGCGGCGGCGGCCAGCCCCCCCGCACCGUCACGUCCUCCUUCCGCGCCAUCAACCGCCUCCUCCUGGCCAACGGCGGCGUGUCGGCCAACUUCCGCGGCUUCUUCUGCUUCCUCGCCCAGGUGCUCCUCACCUCGGUCCUCGUGGGCGUCUUCACCGGCGCCCUGGGCGGCCUCUUCGUCCCCGUCGCCACCCUCCUCGCCGCCCUGGCCCUGGUCCAGCUCAGCACCGCCUGGGUGCACGUCGUCAUCUCCGAGCCCUCUCCGCUGCCCUUCUGGGCGCGCCUGCCUCCCUUCCGGCGCACCUUUGACGCUACGUGGCAGGCCGUCACCAUCUUCUGGUUCGCCAGCCACGUCGCGCGCUUCAUCCCCCUUGCGCUCGCGCUGGCCAUGGGCCUCCGGCUUCCCCGGUCCGGGUUCGGCGAGCCCAUGGACGUCGACGCCCUCGGCGCCGGCUUCUUCGUCAAGACGCUCGUCCUGGCCGUCGUCACGAUUGCCUGCUCCGUCUUCGUCACCGUCCCCGCCUACGUCGUUCUCGUCCGCGUGCAAGCCUCGCUUCUGCCGGUCGACCAGUCCACCAUCAUCCCCUUUGACCGUUCUUUCCAGGCCAAGGUUGAGCCCGAGGUUGUCGGAGGAAAGGGCUACGCCACUGUUAUGGAUGCCUGGACCACGUACAGCAAGACCGCUUGGCGCCGUCUCAUCACCCUCUACCUGAAAAUGUUUGCCAUCACCAUGACGGCUUUGGUUGUCUUCACGGCCCUCCUUGUUCCUCAGAUCAUUUUCGUCGCCAAGCACAGCAAGGAAGUGCUCUAG